AGUUGUCAUCACACAUCAUAUUUUAUUUUUUAGUUUUUUUUUAAGGACUUCUUAUAUACGUCAAUAUUUAUUCACAAUUCCAAUAAAACGAUGCGAAAUGAAUUUUAACAACUUGGAUCGUCUAGCUUUCGGUUUUAGUUUUUCAAGAAAACUUUUAACUCAUCGACUAGUAAAUUACAACUACAAUGCAAACUCAAAACUGCACAAAAUGUAUAGCGGCCAAAAUAUGAAAAGGGAUCGUCUCCAGCAACUUGUUUUAUCGAAUGCAAGGAACUAUAAUUUCCACUAUUUAAUACCGAGUAUAGGAAUCCUUGCCGCGGUUUUCGGUUACCAAGUCUAUAAACAAAAUAAUAUACCUCUCAAAAUUCUACCCACCAUACAAGCAAAGACACUGCCUUCAAUAAAUGGUCAUCGAAUCAAAUAUAAUUUUAUUGCCGACGUCGUAGAUGAGUGUGCCAACUCUGUAGUCUACAUAGAAAUUAAAGAUAAAAAUUGCAUAGAUUACUAUACUAGACAACCAGUUACGGCUUCAAAUGGGUCUGGGUUUAUAAUUGAAUCAGAUGGACUGAUUUUAACAAAUGCCCACGUUGUGAUCAACAAACCACAUACCACCGUUCAAGUGCGGCUCGCCGACGGGCGCACAUUCCCUGGUGUAGUUGAAAAUGUCGACCAAUCCUCUGAUUUAGCCACUGUUCGUAUUCAAUGUAAGAAGUUACCAGUAAUGAAAUUAGGACAAUCAUCUUCACUGCGAACCGGGGAAUGGGUUGUGGCAUUGGGAAGCCCAUUAUCCCUUAGCAAUACAGUGACAGCUGGUGUGAUCAGCAACACACAAAGGGCAUCCCAAGAAUUGGGGUUGCAAGGUUCGAAUAUCAAUUACAUUCAAACAGACGCUGCAAUUACGUUCGGCAAUUCGGGAGGACCACUUGUAAAUCUUGAUGGAGAGGCUAUAGGUGUAAACAGUAUGAAAGUUACAUCUGGAAUAAGCUUUGCGAUUCCAAUUGACUAUGUAAAACAAUUCCUUAUUCGAAACGCAGACCGUAAAAAUAAGACGGGUGACCAAGGAUAUCCUAUUCGACGUUACAUGGGAAUAACAAUGUUAACACUGACGGAUGAUUUGAUGUAUGAACUCAAGACUCGUAGUCGAACUGUUCCCAGUGAUCUGCAACAUGGUGUACUUGUGUGGAAAGUGGUCAUAAAUUCCCCUGCUCACACUGCCGGUUUGUGUCCGGGUGAUAUUGUUACUCACAUUAAUGGCAAAGAAGUAAAGAAUUCUAGUGACAUCUACAAGGCUUUAGCAGAAAACACAAAAGGUCUUGAGAUGAUAGUGUUCAGAGGAUUUGAAAAAAUGAAAAUAACUGUGAUACCAGAAGAUCCUUAAGAAAUGUACGUUUCUUCCCCGAAAAAUAAAUAACAAAUUUUAUUUAGUUCUUAUCUUUUUAAAAUCACUUUUGUAAAAUCAUAAGAAACUUGAAAGAAUUUAAUAGAAGUGACACAUUUUUAA